AGUGACGAAAUAUAUUCACCGAAAACUCGAGGAACUUUGCUGUGUAAUCAUGUUGAUAAAAGUGAAGACGCUCACUGGGAAAGAAAUAGAAAUUGAUAUUGAACCCACAGAUAAGGUUGAACGUAUAAAAGAAAGAGUGGAAGAGAAAGAAGGUAUUCCUCCACCCCAGCAAAGAUUGAUUUUUAGUGGCAAACAAAUGAAUGAUGAAAAGACUGCUGCUGAUUAUAAAGUACAAGGCGGAUCUGUAUUACAUUUAGUCCUUGCACUACGAGGGGGACUCUAGGGACAUGAAACAGGUGGCAUGUGCCACCGAAAAUGACUUUGGCCAACUCAGACAGAUGAUUUACACAACGCAAGGAACAUCCUGAUUUGCGGCCGCAUGGAUGUGUGGGCUGGGCUUUUAUUUGAAGGAUGCAAUGUAAACAUCUAUAGCUAAUUGAAACCCCUCACCCCUUGAAUAUGUUCAUGGAACGAUCUAAGUUAUUCGUACGCUAUAUAUGUUGAAUUGGUCCAUUAGAGUGUCUGAGGUGUAAUGGGGUUCAUUGCUUAUGACACUUUGUGUUCACCCUCUUAAUUUCUGCAGAUAAUUUCUUCAUCUAAACUGGUUUACAAUUUUAUAUACUGUGUCGGCGAUAUUUAGCCUGUUGAGCCAAGGCUGUUACACAUACAAUGUACAAUCUCGGUCUUAACUGGCAAAAUAGCAUCAACACAGCUUUUGCCUAGCUCAAAAUUGUGAAAUUGGAAUAUGUGCUUUAUAAAGUGUUCAAGCUAUUGUUUCAGCAGGGCCUGGUUAUUCAAAACAAGUCAACUCAUUAACUUGGCUUCAAUUUUCAAUGUUUUUGGUGGUCAUUGCAGAUGCCUGCGACAAGGAUCAGUGAUCGCAGUGACCGGCGAUCAGUAUCGAACCCAGUGAUUACCAGUUUUACCUGCAGCAGAGAGAUCUUUUUGUCGCACAUCGCAGGCAUCAAAAUCACAGAUUGAAGUGACGCCAAAAAUCAUGUGUUUGCACAGCACUUUAAAAAAGGUAUUACCGAAGGCCUUACUAUCUGUAACAUCACAAUUACAUCAAUGUAUUUACCAUUAGUUUAUUGUUUCGUUGUCAUAUAAUCUUUAUGUAUCUAUGAUUUGUUGUUCCUUUUUCCCCCCAAGAUCGAAGCAUUUUGUUUCCUGGUUUCCAAAUUCCUUCUUUAGUUCCAUGAAUCUGGUCAGGUCUGUUAUUUAUCUAUAAUCUCAUGACAGAAGUACCAACGAAAUCUUUUCAAAAAGUACAUGCAAAUUGCAAGCCUACUGAGUUCUGUUCAUCAAUUUUAACUUCAAACUGUCCUUGACUUGGUUUGACCAAUGUUUUGAAGUAAAUUCCUGUGAGUGUUGCACGAUCACACUCUCAAGUUGAGCAACAGAGUUUUAAUUUAGGAAAAAAGGCAAACCCCUUGGUGAAUAACCUGUAGUCAUGGUCCUAAAACUUUAACUAGAAUUCCUCUCGACUCUCAAUCAUGGUCCCAGUUUGUAAUAAGCUAUGUUAUUCAGUACAUAAUAAUUAUAAUAAUAAUGUUUUUCAUACA